GUUUGACGCUGUUCAAUUUACCCCGUGUCACAUCACACACCUUCCCGCUAUCAUUUCCACUUCACCAUAGCUCGUUCUUUCGCUGGUUGCCGACUCUCGGAUGGCGGAGUCGAGGGGAGAAGCUAGCAACUGUGCGAUCAAGCCGUCAGCGUCGAUGGCGGCAAGCAGAGAGCUACUCACCGUCGGCGGCGAUUCCUUGCCUUUCUUGGAGCGUCUCUUGAAGCAGCCAGGAAGAGCCAACCAGCGCGCGCAGAAGCCGGCGCAGAAACCGCCAGGCUCGGGGCAAGCACCGCCAUCGAUGUUCACGACGCCCGUUGCGGAGAGCUCAGUGCUCGCUCGGCUGCGGGGCUUCUUGCCGCAGAUGGAGCAGGAGAACCAGAAGCUGCAGCGCGCCAUCGAGGAGCAGGGGCAGGAGGCCGUGAGCAUGGAGGCAGUGGACGACUCGCAGCAACACAUAGAGAUGGACCUAUCACUGGGUCUCGUUGACUUGCGCACGCCUGAUGCGGUGGUGGCAGCAGAGAGGGCGCUGGUUGGUGGCGCUGGACAGGGGGGCUCUGCUGGCAGACGGGAAGGGGAGGGGGAGGGGAUGGGGGAGGGGGUUUCUGGGAGCAGCGAGUCGGACUCAGAGUUGGAGUCUGAGAGUGAGAGCUCUGAUGGUGAUGAGGGUGGUAUACGGAGGGCCAAUGCACACGGGGGUGGGCGUUUGGGAGGUGAAGGCAGGAGUGCUGCCAUGGAGGAAGAUGGGGCGGGCGGGCUUUCUCAAGGGGGUUUGGCGCAGAAUGGAGGUGCUGCAGGGGAUAUUGGCAUGUUUCUCGGCCGUCCAUUUGGCAAUGGUGCAGCUGCUGGGGAUGAUGGUGCUGGAGGUGGGGAUGGUGGGGUGUUUCGUGUCGGGGUGGGAGGAGAGAAGGGAGGUCAAGGGGCAAAUAUGCACCCAGGUCAGCACAAGGGUGGAUAUGGUGGCAGAAAAAAGAAGGGAUUGGGGAAAGCUAAGAAGGGUGUUAGGGGCAGAGGAAGUUCAAAGAAUGGUAAGGCUAAGCCAAAGAUUGUAGAGAUCUCGUAGUGGUGAUUUCUGCCACACAAAGGCCAGUUGGAAGCUGCACGUUCAAUUGUAGGCCCCAUAGUUAUGCUUUGCUGUAAUUGUUUGUAGAGAAAGGUAUGAAAGCUUUGUUGACCUUACAUGAGUGAAGCGUUUGAGAAAGUA